CUCUCUCUCUCUCUCUCUCUCUCUCUGUUUUAGCCACAGUUGUGUGAUUUGAAUGUAGCGUUUUUAAACAGUAAACACCAUUUUCCACUGCCCACAUAGACCCAUAAUGUAUCUCCAAUAACCAUUAUGAAUGUAAAGUAAAUAUAGAUAAUUAUAAUAUACAUUUACUUACCAUUUCCUUCAAAAUCUUGUGUUAAUUUGCAAUACUUUUCAAUGUGGCGUUUUCAAUAUAUGCUUUUCCAUGUGCUUAGCUCGUUAUGAAUUUUAAUGAACCCUGAAUGGUGCAGAGGUAUAAUUUUAACAUCAUAUAAGAUGAUUAGGUUUGCCUUUCAAAUCCACCUCAGCAGACUCAAACAAGUUAAUGAUUAGAAAUGAAUAGCUGUAAAAUACAUUUGAGUGUAUUCAGUGUAGGGUUCGGUAAUGACUUUGACUUUGGUAAUGACUUUGACAGGCCACAUCGUUAUUCUCUUUUGCACAAAAAACGAGAAUUCUCCUGUCGGAUAAGAAUGAUGAGGAAUGAAUUUCUCCCCGAAUUUGAAGGUGUUGUUUCUUUGAGACGGAGGGUGCAGAGUCAGAUCUUCUUCUGAGUUUUUGUGGAUCUCUGCUUUGACCAGAGUGCCUUCCCACUGGGCAGAAACUGUUUGAAUCAACGUUUCCACCAGUGGAGGCUGCUGAGGGGGGGACGGCUCAUAGUAAUGGCUGGAAUGGCGUCAAUGGACAGGUAUCACAUGCAAACCACGUUUGAUACCAUUCCAUUGACUCCAUUUCAGCCAUUAUUAGUAGCCGUCCUCCCCUCAGCAGCAUCCACUGAUUUCCACAUCAUUUUAUCCCCCCCAAAAAUGUAAUGUGAUGACAUUGAAUCAACGUGGGGAAAUGAUUGGAUUUCCAAAAAGUCAGCAACGUGAGGGAAUUUCAUAUUUUUUUCACCCAACUUUGAACCUUAAUCUGAUGUCUUGGUGACUUUUUGUUGUUGUUGAUUUCACGUUAGUUGACAACUCAAGCAAAUGUAAUUGAAAAAAAAUAGACGUUGAACUGACGUCUGUGCACAGUGGGUUGAAGUGUGCUAAGAUUUGAUUGAACAACCUUCUGCCAGAAAGAACCAAGCGUGCUCCAGCUCCCAGUCAAUUACACAACCCAGUGUGGACCAAAAGACUUCAGAUGUAUGUUUUUCACAGAAAGAGAACGUGUAUCAGAGUGAUAAUGUGGAAGGGAGCUGCUAGUGUGACAGUUGCUGUGACUACGGUUGGUUUACUACUUUACUUCCAUUAAGCUGGAUAAUGGAGGGUGACAUUACAGGAUUCAUUUAGUUCAGAUAAUACCCUGUUUUAAUUUCUAUCCGAGAUGGCACCCAACUAUCCUGGCAUUGACGGUCUCUUUUUCUUUCCCAUUUGUAAUGUACACCGUUCGAUCAGGAGGUCCAGCCAGCCAGUCAGAUCUCUUGCAGACAGUCCAGCCCCGUGUGCCACCAAGCAUCUGUUUGUCCCUCUGUCUCUCUCACUGUCUGUGACUAACAGCUCUGCGUGUGAUCUCUGCUGUGUAGGAAAGGUGCCGGUGCCUGCCUUUCGUCUAACCAGUCAGCUCGUUUCAUCACCACCCCUUGUCUGAGAGAUGGAGGAAGUUGUGACUUUAGGCGGAGAAGAGAGGAGGGAUAUGCGAUGGUGAAGUGGUGGUGGCUGUUUCCUCUUAUUUGCUUACUGUGUAUUGCAUCAUCUCUACGGUUCAUUGGAGAGAGCAAUGGAUUAUGUGGAGGCGGGGAGAGGAUAUCGACAGUGAGAUUGAAAGAAUGGGGCGAUCCUGAGGGCUUGAGGGGAGGGAGAGGGAUGGAGAGGGGGAAUUGAUGGAGGAAUACACUCUUAGAAAAAAAGGUGCAUUCUAGAACCUAAGACGGUUCUCCGGCUGUCCCCACAGGAGAACCCUUUGAAGAACCCUUUCUGGUUCCAGGUAGAACCCUUUUGGGUUCUGUGUAAAACUCUUUCCCACCGAGGGUUCUACGUGGAACCCAAACGAGUUCUAGCUGAAUCCAAAAAGGGUUCUACCUGGAACCAAAAAGGGUUCACCUUUUGGAACUCUUUUUCCCAAGAGGGAUUGAGGGGAGAGAUGGAUGAGAAGGUGUCUAACCCAAGAAGGGUUGAGAGUAACCAACAAGCUGUGUCUCGGCCCUCCCACAAUCCUUCCCUUCUUCCUCAUCUCUCUCAAUAGUAGCUCUGUUUCCUAGACAUCAUCAUAUUUUCCAACUCACUGUUGUAUGUAAACAGGAUAUAGAGGUGUCGUAUUGAACACCCUCUCCUCAUCCACCUCUGCAUAUGUACAGUGGCGACCUGGAGGUGAAAAGUCAUGGCAUCAGGCCCUUCUCAGUGAUGUAUCGACGCACCAUAUUGCUCAUCUCAGCCCAAUCUGUCCGGACGGGGCAGCCAGUGCCAAAGACGGCGGUGCAAUGGCGCCUACCCUCUGCUGGAGGCCAGGGCAGAGCUGAGCUCAUUGAGAUACUACGUCUGUCUCCUAACCAGCCGGGAGCGCUGAGCAGGCACACACACAUACACAUAUGGACACACACGCAGACAGAACUGCUUCAGUCAUGCAGCCAGGGACUGAGAAAGGCACAGCCACUUCAUCGGUAAUGAGGCCGACCGGCGCUGCUGCUGCUGCUGACCUGUGGAUGCAUACAUGAACCUCUCCUCCAUCGGCAUAGUAUACAUAAUCCUCCAUCGAAUCGACGUAGCCAGGUAGGAGGAAAGGCAGGAAGGAGGAACUGAGCUGAACUGGGCUGGGCUACAGAACGAGCUGCACGCGGAGCUCCAGCCCAGCUCCUCCUCCUUCUCAACCCAGGAACUGAUGACCAGGCUGGGCUUCUUACUGGGAGAAGGGACCCCAGCCUCGCCUAGCACCCCCAUGGAGGACCGGAGGGAAAAGAAGUGUAAUAUCUCUGGCCAGGCGGUGAGCCCAUGCUCCACAUUGACCUGCAGCACUACGUCUCCAUGCUCAGACAGCCCCUGCUCCACCCUGGGUAGCAGCAGUACCGGGGGGCCACCCUCCUGUCUUCCCAAUCCCAGCCCCAGCCCAGGUGGGACCCUACUCAGCCCCAGUCCCUGCCGGAGCCCCAGUUCCACGCUUGAGAGCCAGGAUAGCGGAAUCAUAGCUACCAUCACCAGCUCUCCUGAGAAUGAGGAUCGCGGUGGUUCCACUCUGGACCUGAGCAAAGAUGGCAGCUGGAGGGGCGCUGGGCGUGGCGGGCACCGAGGCGACUCCUGCCCUCCUGUCGCCAAGGACGACCUGCCAGGACCCAGCGAGGCUCCGCCCAGGUCUGAAAUCACCAUACUAGAGGAACCCAGAACUCCGCCCCCAGCCAAGAGGCCCCUCCCACAGCGCCAUACGCACAGCACUUCUUCCCUGGUGAUGCCACGCCCUAACUCUGUGGCAGCGACUAGUUCCACUAAGCUGGAGGAUCUGAGCUACCUGGAUGAUCAACGGAGUGCUCCCCAGCGAAGCUCCAUCAAACAGCCCUGGAACAGCACAGGGGGAAGGGACGCCAAAGCGCGUUUCGCUCCCUUCAAAUCAGGUGACAUCGUGCUGAAGCCGUUGUUGUUUGAGGUUCCUGCCGUCGCCAUGGAUGCACCUUUCCAAGGCCGCGAUUGGCUGUUCCAUCGGCUAGAGGAGGUCCUAAGGAAGAGUGACACCUGCGAGGGCCGUGGGGCCGUUAUCGUGGGCGAUGUGGGCUUCGGCAAGACGGCCGUCGUCUCGCGGCUGGUGGCUCUCAGCUGUCAUGGAGGUCACAUGCAACAGGUCCCCACCCAGAGCCCCUGCACCUCCCCCAAAAGUGGGGAUAGGGGGACAGACGGAGCCUCCAAACAGCCGCCCCAGCCCAGCACCCCCACCACAGACCCCCAGCCCAGCGAAACAACCUGCCCCGGGACACCAGAGGCACACCGAGACGAUGCUGUCAAACGCCUGGCCAGCAAGGUGGUGUCCUACCACUUCUGCCAGGCUGACAACACCUACACCUGCCUGGUCCCAGAGUUUGUGCACAGUGUCGCCGCCCUGCUGUCCAGAGCGCCACAGCUCAGCGGCUACAGGGAGCUGCUGCUAAAGGAACCUCAUAUACAGAGCAUGCUCAGUCUGCGCUCCUGUGUCCAGGACCCCAUCGCUGCCUUCCGCAGGGGAGUCCUGGAGCCCAUCGUAAACCUGCGGAAGGAAAGGAAGAUCCCGGAAGAAGACUUCAUCCUCCUGGUUGACGGUCUGAACGAGGCAGAGUUCCACAAGCCGGACUACGGAGACACCGUCGCCUCCUUCAUCACCAAGAUCGUCUCCAAGUUCCCCUGCUGGCUCAAACUGUUGGUCACUGUCAGGACCUGUCUGCUGGAGAUCACCACCCUCCUACCCUUCUCCAGACUCUCACUUGACGACUUCCCAGAGAGCAGCGAGAUCGGCGGGGACCUUAGCGACUACAUCCAACACCGGGUCAUCGUCAGCCCCGAGAUUGCCGCCAACGUCACCACGCCCAACGGCACCGUCCCCGACCCCCUCCUCCUCAGCAAGUUCAACACCCACCUGGCCUCUCGCAGCCAGGGCUCCUUCCUCUACCUAAAACUGACCCUGGACCUGUUCCAGAGAGAGCACCUGGUUCUCAAGGGAGGCAACUACAUGGUAGUGCCCGUCUCUCUGGCUGAGGUGUACCUGCUGCAGUGCCAUGCCGGGUUCGACGGGGACCAAACCUUCGAGCGGGUGCUGCCCGUACUCAACGUGGUGCUGGCAUCGUUACACCCGCUGACGGACGAGCAGCUGUUCCGGGCGCUGAACGCUGGGGGUGUGAGAGGAGAGAUGUCCUGGGAGGACUUCCAACAACGCCUGGAGACCCUGGCCUCUGUCCUGGUGAGACGCAGGGACGGCACCCGCAUGCUCUUCCAACCCUCAUUUAGAGAGUGGCUAGUGUGGAGGGCGGACGGAGAGAGCACCGACUUCCUCUGUGACCCCAGGAGUGGCCAUGCUCUGUUGUCCUUCAUGUUCUCCAGACAGGAGGGCAAGCUCAACCGGCAGCAGACCAUGGAGCUGGGACAUCAUAUCCUGAAAGCACACAUCUUCAAGGGUCAGAGUAAGAGGACAGGUGUGUCCUCCAGUGUUCUGCAGGCUCUGUGGGUGAGCUGUAGCACUGACAGCCUCUCUGCCGCCUUGGCCUCCCUCAGAAAUCUCUACACACCCAAUGUCAAGGUGAGUCGUCUGCUGAUGCUGGGCGGGGCGAGUGUGAGCGGGCGUUCAGAGGUGCUUGGUCGUUCCCCUGUGCUGGGUGUGCACGCCCACCUGGGUCACCUUGAAAUGGUGUCCCUGCUGCUGGAGCUGGGAGCGCCCGUAGACGGAGCCUCGGACAGCGGCAUGACCCCCCUCUGUCUGGCCGCCGCAGCAGGACACACAGGACUGGUCAGCCUGCUCUGUAAGAAGGGAGCCAAGGUGGGCCAUGUUGAUAAGAGUGGUCAGUGUGCCCUGGUCCAUGCUGGGCUGAGGGGCCACCCAGACAUCAUCCACUACCUGCUGAACCAGGACUGGGGCCCCACAGAGGCCCCGGAGGGCCAACAGCAGCAUGGUGUGAAGAGCAGUGUGAAGGGCCAGGCCUUACAACAGGCCCUGACGGCCGCCUGCAGCAUGGGACACACUCACGUUGCGAAGAGCUUACUGGAGCUGAAACAUGAAGAUUUGGCUGUGCAGAUAGACGCUCCCGACACGCUCUGGGGAGAGACGGCUCUGAGUGCGGCUGCAGGCCGGGGCAGGACAGAGACAUGCGUUUUCCUGCUGGAGAGAGGUGCAGGGGCGGAGCAGCCCAACCGGAGGGGGGUGGUCCCACUCUUCAGCUGCAUCAGGCAUGGACACCCCCAGGUAGCAGAGCUGUUUCUGCAGCACGGUGUGGACAUUAACACCAUCGAUAAGCAGGGCCGCAGUUUGCUGAUGGUGGCAGCCAGCGAGGGCCACCUCAGCACUGCGGACUUCCUGCUGACAAAGGGCGCGUCUUUAGCCUCUGUGGACAAGGAGGGCCAGACAGCUCUGAGCUGGGCGUGUCUGAAGGGUCAGAAGGGCGUGGUGCAGCGCCUGGUGGAGAAGGGGGCAGAGAUAGACCACCCUGAUAGGAACGGACGUACCCCUCUCGACCUGGCAGCUUUCAACGGUGAUGCAGAGACGGUUCAGUACCUGGUGGAGAAGGGUGCGGUGGUGGAGCAUGUGGACCACAGUGGGGUGAGGCCUCUGGAGAUGGCUGUGGGCUGUAGGAACACUGCUGUAGUGGUCACCCUACUGAAGAAAGGGUCCAAGCCGGGCUACAGAACAUCCCCUUAUGAUCGAUCAGGUCAUGCUACGUGGGCGAUGGCCACAUCCAAACCAGACGUCCUCCUCAUCCUCCUACAGAAACUCAUGGAGGAGGGCAACCUGCUGUAUAAGAAGGGGAGGAUGAAGGAGGCAGCCCAGAGGUAUCAGUACGCCCUGAGGAAGUUCCCCCGAGACGGCUUCGGAGACGAUCUGAAGGGCCUGAAAGAGCUCCGUGUCUCCUUGUACCUCAACAUGUCACGCUGCCGCAGGAAAACCAAUGAUUUUGGUAUAGCAGAGGAGUUUGCCACCAAAGCCCUGGAACUGAAACCCAAGUCUUAUGAGGCGUUCUACACCAGAGCACGAGCCAAGAGGAGCAGCAGGCAGUAUGCGGCGGCGCUAGCUGACCUCAGCGAGGCGUCUCGGCUCUGCCCCACCAACCGGGAGAUCCGCCGUCUGCUGACGCGUGUGGAGGACGAGUGUCAACAACAACAGCAGCAGUCCCCCAACACACCACAGGGCCAACAAGCAGCACACAGCCAGACUCCCGACGACCUCACAGAGAGGAGCCAGGACACAGAGAGGAGUUGUGAUACACAGAGCCAGGAUGAACUAGAUGAUGAUUAUGAAGAGAUAGGGGGAGAGGAAGAGCCCUCACAGAACCCCUAUGGACCCAACAGGCCCAAGAACCCCUAUGGACCCGACAGGGCUCUCCCAUCAGUACCAGGCGCAGUGGGCUUAGCUCCCCUGGAACCCAGGCCUGGUUCCCCUCUGGACGAGUCCACACAGACCAACCUGUCUCUGGACAAGCAGGGCCCUGUCCUGCAGGGUCCUAGACAAAACCAAAGCAUGAAGACCAAGCAGCAGCACUGUAACUCCCUGCAGGUAGGGGGCAGACCAGGGGGCAGGCCUAUGUCUCUGUGUGGCCCCUCCAGCCCCCUGCCAGGCAGACACAUCUCUACCUCCCUGAGACCCAGCCCUGGCCUGGGCAUCGACAUCAGCCCUCUGCCCUCUUCCACAGACCACCAACUGGGGCUCACCCCUGCCAACCACCACCACUCCUCAUCUGUGCAGCCCUUCCAGGGCCACUCCUCUAGCCUGGCUAGGGGAACAGACAGGCUCUCAGCCCACCACGGCACCACGCUGGACGGACAGGCUGGGUCCCUCACCCCUGGGUUUGGUAAGGAGGUAAGGAGGGAGGGUCCUGGGGGGUCAGCUGGCCCGGGUCUGCGUUCUGGUGGUCAGACGGGCAGUAUGAAGGCCUCCAGCUCUAGCAGUAGCUUAGCCUCCAGCGGGACCCUGUCAGACAGCGGCAGGAUCCAGGCACCUCAGGGGCCCGACGUGCCUCGCCCCAGACCGGCUAAACCAGAGCUCAAGCCUCGGCCCUUCAUGGGGGUGAAAGACAAGGCAGUGCGUGUCCAGGGGCAGCCCCCACCUGGACUGGGCUGGCAAGGUCAGCCUCACUCCCAGCCACUCUCCCCUGAAGGUCUAGAGAACCAGAGACACAGCAUGGCCCCUAUGGACAACAUCCAGGGAUUAAAUAAUGAGUUCAAGCAGAGGUCCUCUUAUGCGGAGCCACUGCAGAGCCAGACUCCCCUCCAGGUGCUCAACGGGGCCCAGGCUCAGGCCCAGCACCUGGCCCAACAGGCUCAGGCCAAGGCCCUGGCUAGGGAGUUUGGAGACAGAUUCUACCACCGGGAGCCAAGACCAGGUCCAGCUGCAGGCCUACAUCACUCCUCCCAGUUCCCAGACGGGAACCACCGGCAGGCAGGGCUCACCAGAGAUAACCCAGCCAUCCUACCCAUCAAACCUAAACGCUCCUUUAUAGAAUCCAACGUCUGAACUGACCAUACAUUCAGUCAAGCACAAACACAGGUGCAGACACCAUAACAACUUUCUCUGUAUUCCAGAGAAACGGUGGCAAGGGAAGGGUUUCAAAGUUUCUUUCUUAAUCUGACUCUUGUAAAGUGACAGUGUAUGUGAUGCACUGCGUUUAGACUUAAGCAGUAUUUGAGGCUUUUGUGCUUUUUGCGUAAGCAUGCCUAGAGCAACUCCAGUAAGCCAACAACACAGUGCACAUAAUCAGACCUGGGAAACACCAUAUAGUACCAGCCCAAUAGCUGAACAGUAGCACAGCAUCCUACUAUGGGCCAUUAUAACAAUGAUGUAGUUUGUAAAGAAAAACACGGAAGGGUUUCGAUACUAAUGGACGAGAAGCCAUUUGAUUAAACGGUUGGCUAAUGAUCGGCACGCAUAUUGAAUAGGGAUACAUUAGAUUUGUAUGCGUUCUAUUUAUAGACUAUAUAAGUGGUGAUAGCCUUUGUCAGUAUAACGGAGCCCUCAAUGCAAAGUGUUUCUCAAUGCAUGGAGGGUUCUUUUCCUUUGUACAUUUUUAUAAAUAAUCAUAUUUAAGUGUACAUAUAAUCCUACGGACAUUGUUGUAACUGCUUGUUGUUGCGGUCUAUGUUCAUGUAUUUACUGUGCCGAUGGCUUGUUCAGCUGUAAGAGCAAUAUAUUUUAUAUAGUUAUUUUUGCACAGCUAGAGAAAUAAUUGAAAAGUUGAUGGAUUUAUUUAGUUUAUGUGCGCACAACAUUAACAGUUUACAGUAAGGUACAGAAUAGCUUGUAAGGGUAUUAUUGGUGAGAUGAUACAGAUAUUCUACAUGAACAUUGUUGCCAUCCUUGAUUUGUGAGCUAUGCGACACAUUAUACAGACUAUGCUCAAGCACUACUACCAUAAUCAUGGGAAAAUAAAAUCUCUUUGGAAAACUAAAA